AUGUCCGAUAUCAAGCAGCUCGAGCUUGAAGCUCACUCCCUUCGCCGUGUGGCAUUCUUCGGUGUCGCCAUCUCCACCGUCGCCACCUUGGUGUGCGUCUUGUCGGUGCCAAUGCUCUACAACUACAUGCAGCACAUGCAAUCCGUUAUGCAAUCCGAGGUCGACUUCUGUCGCUCCCGAUCUGGAAACAUCUGGAGAGAAGUGACCCGCACCCAGGUUCUCACUAAGGUCUCUGGAGGAGCUAUCCGUUCCCGCCGUCAAGCCGGAUACGAAAGCCUCGGAGUUGAAGGAUCCCACUCGUCUGCUGGAGGAUGCUGCGGAUGCGGAGUCUCCGCUCAAGGACCACCAGGACCACCAGGACCAGACGGAGAGGAUGGAGCCGAUGGACAGCCAGGAGCCCCAGGAAACGAUGGACCAGACGGACCAGCCGCCACUCCAGCCCCACACCACGAAUUCUGCAUCGAUUGCCCAGCCGGACCAGCUGGACCAGCUGGACCAACUGGACCAAAGGGACCAAACGGAAACCCAGGAUUCGAUGGACAGCCAGGUGCCCCAGGAAACCCAGGAGCCCCAGGAGCACCAGGAGCCCCAGGACAGGCAGGAGCCGACGGACACCCAGGAAACCCCGGAGCCCCAGGAGCCCCAGGACAAGUUCGCGAUGUUCCAGCUCCAGCCGGACCACCAGGACCACCAGGACCAGACGGACCAGCCGGACCGGCCGGAUCCCCAGGAGCCCCAGGACACCCAGGAUCCCAAGGACCACAAGGACCACCAGGAGACAACGGAGCCCCAGGAGCACCAGGACAGCCUGGAAGAAACGGAGACAAUGGAGCCGAUGGAGAGACCGGAGCCCCAGGAGGUUGCGACCACUGCCCACCACCAAGAACCGCUCCAGGAUAUUAA